GAAAACAAGUUUAGGACGAUGGCAAGCACUCCUAUUUCAAAGAUGCCGCAGCAGCAACAGCAACAGCAGCCAAUGUAUCCUCAGCAACAACAGCAACAGCAACCAAUGUAUCCUCAGCCACAACAGCAACUGAUGGUGCCGGCACCGCAGCCGCAACAACAACUGAUGACGCCGCAGCCGCAACAACAACUGAUAGCACCGGCGCCACAGCAGCAACUGCUGAUGCCGCAGCAGCCGCAACAGCAGCAACUGAUGGUGCCGCAGCAGCAGCGCCAACCACAGGUGAGGUUUAGUGAUAUGAUGCAAGCGCCGGCGGCUCUUCUUCCCCCUCCUCCUGUAUAUGCCCCAAAGAUGCAGCCGCAGAGGAUGGUGAGGGGUGAGCGCCACAUGUUCACCACCUCAGACGACAAUGUGAUGAUGAAGCAGAUCCAUGCCACCCAUGCUUAUGAUGGCCGCCAGGUAGAAGUCAGGCCCCUUCUCCAACUCAUCGAGGAAAUCCUCCAGCGCUCCACCACCACCACUCUCGAUCGCGCUGUUCAAGCCCCACUAGUUUCUUCACACAUGGAGAGCUUGGACGAAAGGAGCCACCAGGACGCCUUCGUAGGCAUGCUUGAAGCAUUGGCUUACACCAUACAUAAGAUCUCCUGCGAGAUAUCGUGCAAGUGCUCUGGGGGUGGGGAUGCUCACUCGACAACAGUGGCACUGUUCAGUACCCUAUCAAGCUUCUCCUGGGAUGCGAAGGUAGUGCUAGCUUUGGCUGCCUUUGCCGUCAAUUAUGGGGAGUUCUGGCUGGUGGCGGAACUCUAUGGGACUCACCCGUUAGCCAAGUCCAUAGCGCUGCUGAAGCAAUUACCUGACGUAUUUGAGCAGUCGAACUUGUUAAGGCCCAAGUUUGAAGCGCUGAGGGAUCUUAUCAAGGCCAUGCUUGACGUGACCAAGUGCAUCGUUCAGUUCAACGAGCUGCCAUCUCAGUACAUCUCCGCCGACCAACCUCUCAUGUCGGUGGCCGCCACCCACAUCCCCACUGCUGUUUACUGGACCAUUAGGAGCGUCGUCGCCUGUGCAUCUCAGAUCAUUGGCCUUAUUGGUUUGGGUCACGAAUAUAUUCCUUCGACCUCUGAAGCUUGGGAGCUGUCCAGCUUAGCACACAAGAUGAAAAACAUACAUGAACACCUUACCAAGCAACUAGCUCUUUGCUAUCAGUACAUUGAUGAGAAGAAACACGUCGAAGCUUUUAACACGCUUAUACGACUCUUCGAAACUAUCCAUAUUGACAACCAUAAGAUUCUCAAGGCAUUGAUUUACGCCAAGGAUGAUAUGCAACCACUUCUUGAAGGCUCCACUAAGAGAAGGGUUGGCGUUGAAGUACUGAGAAGGAAGAAUGUGUUACUGCUGAUAUCGGACCUAGACAUCUCCCAAGAAGAACUCUCGAUUAUGGAACAGAUGUAUAAGGAGUCCCGUGAGCAGCCAUCUAGGCCAGAGUCUCAAUACGAAGUGGUGUGGCUCCCCAUAGUGGACAGGACUCUCCCAUGGACCGACGCCAAGCAGAGAGAUUUUGAUCGAUUGCAGGUGAAUAUGCCGUGGUACUCGGUGCAUCACCCUUCCUUGAUCGAUCCAGCAGUGGUCAAGUACAUCAAGGAGAUGUGGAACUUCAACAAGAAACCAAUCUUGGUUGUGUUGGACAUACAAGGCAGGGUUGUGAACCCCAACGCUCUCCACAUGUUGUGGAUCUGGGGAAGCCUUGCCUUCCCUUUCACCAGCAUGAGGGAGGAAGCCCUAUGGAGGGAAGAAACCUGGAGACUUGAACUCUUGGUUGAUGGCAUUGACCCACACAUAUUCAAUUGGAUAGUGGAAGAGCGAUUCAUUUGCCUGUAUGGAGGAGAAGACAUAGAUUGGAUAAAGAAAUUCACGACGACGGCAAGAGCGGUGGCACAGGCAGCACGUAUCCCAUUGGAGAUGGUUUACGUGGGGAAGAGCAACCCAAAGGACCGAGUGAAGAGGAACAUCAACAUCAUCACUACAGAGAAGCUAAGCCAUUGCUGGCCAGACCUCACAUCCAUCUGGUUCUUCUGGAUUCGACUGGAGAGCAUGUGGCACUCCAAGAUGCAGCAUGGCAAGACCAUCGAUAAUGACCGCAUAAUGCAGGGUAUCAUGACAAUGCUCACCUUCGAUGGCAGCGAGCAAGGAUGGGCAUUGAUCAGUAAGGGAUCGGCAAACAUGGUCAAAGCCAAGGGGGAAAUGAUGUUGAACUGCUUCCAGAAGUACGAUGCGUGGAAGGAAAACGUUGACAGUAAGGGUUUCAUUCAGGCACUUGAUGAUCACCUGCAACAGCUGCACACUCCGCAUCACUGCAGUCGCCUCAUCCUGCCGGGGUCCGUCGGAAGGAUCCCCGAGGUGGUGGUCUGUACCGAGUGUGGCCGCCCCAUGGAGAAGUUCCUCAUGUACAGCUGCUGCACUGAUUAGCUGCGCGCCUCUCCAUCAUCACCGCUACUGCCACUCCUACCUCUACCAUACGAUUACUACU